GGGAGUGGGAGCCGGGCGGAGGCAGGGCAGCGGCGGCGGGCGAGAGGCUUCCAGUCCAAUGCCCGACAGCCUGGGGCGAGCAGCGACUGCGCCUUCUUGCCGCGGCACGGCGAGCGCCGCACAGCCUCGGAGUUUUCCUGGAGCAGCUUUAGCACCGGGAGCACUUUUGGUAGAAGGGGAGCAGGACAAGACCCCGCAAUGACUUACCUCCCGAGGCACGGCUGAAGGGGACUUACUGGAGUGGAAUCGUAGUGGAAUUUGGGUUCGGAGAGGAGUUGCGAACGCUUUUUUUUUUCUUCUUCUUCUUUUUUUCUUUUUCUUUUUUUGAUAUACAUAUAUAUUUUUUCACUCCUAUUCCCUCUUUUUUUUUUUCUUUUUCUUUUUUCUUUUUUUUUUUUUCCGUCAUUGGAAAUGAACAAAUUGCACUUGCAAUUCAGAAAGUAGAAAUAUUAAAAUAUUCCAUCCCCUGGGAAGCACAUAUGUAGUAAUGACAAAGGAUUGCAAAGGAGAGAGUGGCUCCAGUUUCCCAGAGAGAUCCCCUUAAAUGGAUUACUAAAUGGGACACACCAUCAGCUAGUUCUGUCCUCUAGCUGCCCAGAUAGAUGCACCGAAAAGUGUGAAGUGAAGAAGUAAAGUCUCCCAGCUGAACUACUAUGAGGUCAGAAGCCUUGCUGCUAUAUUUCACACUGCUACACUUUGCUGGGGCUGGUUUCCCAGAAGAUUCUGAGCCAAUCAGUAUUUCGCAUGGCAACUAUACAAGACAGUAUCCGGUGUUUGUGGGUCACAAGCCGGGACGGAACACCACGCAGAGGCACCGGCUGGACAUCCAGCUGGUCACGGUCAUGAACAGAACCCUCUACAUUGCUGCUAGGGACCAUAUUUAUACUGUUGAUAUGGACACAUCACAUACAGAAGAAAUUUAUUUUAGCAAAAAAUUGACGUGGAAAUCUAGGCAAGCUGAUGUAGACACAUGCAGAAUGAAGGGAAAACAUAAGGAUGAAUGUCAUAAUUUUAUUAAGGUUCUCUUAAAAAGAAAUGAAGAUACGUUGUUUAUCUGUGGGACAAAUGCAUUCAACCCUUCUUGCAGGAACUACAAGAUGGAUACACUGGAGUUCCUGGGAGAUGAGUUCAGUGGAAUGGCCAGGUGCCCCUACGAUGCAAAGCAUGCCAACGUUGCGUUGUUCGCGGAGGGAAAGCUGUAUUCUGCCACAGUGACCGACUUCCUUGCAAUAGAUGCAGUCAUAUACCGGAGCCUUGGAGAAAGCCCAACUCUGCGGACAGUGAAACAUGACUCAAAGUGGUUGAAAGAGCCAUACUUUGUCCAGGCAGUGGACUACGGCAAUUAUAUUUACUUCUUCUUCCGGGAAAUAGCAGUGGAGUACAACAGCAUGGGAAAGGUAGUUUUCCCAAGGGUGGCUCAGGUUUGCAAAAAUGAUAUGGGAGGAUCUCAGAGAGUUCUGGAAAAACAGUGGACUUCCUUCCUCAAGGCUCGUUUGAACUGCUCAGUUCCUGGCGAUUCACACUUCUACUUCAACAUACUGCAGGCAGUUACAGAUGUUAUCCAUUUCAAUGGCCGGGAUGUUGUUUUAGCAACCUUCUCCACUCCAUAUAACAGCAUCCCUGGCUCUGCAGUCUGUGCCUAUGACAUGCUUGACAUUGCCACUGUAUUCACUGGGAGAUUCAAAGAACAAAAGUCUCCAGACUCCACUUGGACACCGGUUCCUGAUGAAAGAGUGCCCAAACCCAGACCUGGUUGUUGUGCUGGCUCUACAUCAUUAGAAAAAUAUGCAACCUCUAGUGAGUUCCCAGAUGAUACUCUGAACUUCAUCAAAACACACCCACUGAUGGAUGAGGCUGUACCUUCCAUUGUCAAUCGACCCUGGUUCCUGAGAACAAUGGUCAGAUACCGCCUGACCAAAAUCGCUGUUGACUCUGCUGCUGGGCCAUAUAAGAACUACACUGUGGUUUUCUUGGGAUCAGAGAAGGGAAUCAUCCUGAAGUUCUUGGCACGGACAGGAAACAGCGGUUUCCUAAAUGACAGCCUUUUCCUGGAGGAGAUGAACAUUUACAACCCUGAAAAGUGCAGUUACGAUGGCAUGGAAGACAAGCGUAUUGUGGCCAUGCAGCUUGACAAACCCAGCAGUGCCCUUUAUGUUGCCUUCUCCACCUGUGUCAUCAAGGUUCCCCUGGGGCGGUGUGAGCGUCAUGGCAAAUGCAAAAAGGCCUGCAUAGCAUCCAGAGAUCCCUACUGCGGCUGGGUGAAGGAGAGCGGGGCAUGCACACAGCUGGUCCUUGGUGCUAAGCUGGCGUUUGAGCAGGACGUAGAACAUGGAAAUACAGAUGGCCUGGGUGACUGCCAAAAUUCCUUCGUUGCCCUGAAUGACAUUUCAACUGCUUCACCUGAUCAUGAAAUGUCUUACGACACAGUGUAUGGACAUUCCAGUUCACUAGUUCCAAGCACCACCUCUUCCGACUCUUGGGCUCGACAGGGUUAUGAUGCUAGGGGACGCAUGCUGGAUUGGAAGGAUCCGCUUGGUUCAUCCGAAAAUACAGAUCCAUAUGUGGCAGUUUCAUCCCAUAAUCAUCAAGACAAGAAGGGAGUGAUUCGUGAGAGUUACCUGAAGGGUCAUGAUCAGCUGGUGCCGGUCACCCUGUUGGCCAUUGCAGUAAUUCUAGCUUUUAUAAUGGGGGCCGUCUUUUCGGGCAUCGUAGUGUACUGUAUCUGUGACCAUCGCCGCAGAGAUGUGGCUGUUGUGCAGAGAAAGGAGAAGGAACUGACCCACUCCCGCCGCGGCUCCAUGAGCAGUGUUACCAAGCUCAGUGGCCUCUUUGGAGAUGCUCAGUCCAAAGAACCAAAGCCUGAAGCUAUCCUCACACCCUUGAUGCACAAUGGCAAACUGGCUACACCAGGCAGCACUACCAAGAUGCUAAUCAAGGCUGACCAGCACCAUCUGGACCUGGCCGCCCUGCCAACCCCGGAGUCCACCCCAACCCUGCAGCAGAAAAGGAAGCCCAGCCGUGGCAGUAGAGAGUGGGAAAGAAACCAGAACCUCAUCAAUGCCUGCACAAAAGAUAUCCCCCCAAUGGCUUCACCCGUCAUCCCUACUGACCUGCCACUCAGGGCUUCUCCUAGCCACAUUCCCAGUGUCAUGGUUCUGCCCAUUGCCCAGCAAGGCUACCAACACGAGUAUGUUGACCAGCCAAAAAUGAGUGAUGGGGCUCAGAUGUCUGUGGAGGACCAGAAUGCCACCCUUGAGUACAAAACCAUCAAGGACCAUCUCAGUAACAAAAGCCCCAGCCAUGGGGUUAACCUGGUGGAAAACCUUGACAGCAUGCCACCAAAGGUACCUCAGCGGGAAGCCUCACUCGGGCCCCCGAGCACCUCCCUGUCUCAGAGUGGUCUGAGCAAGCGGCUAGACAUGCAUUCUUCUGCUUACAACGUGGACUACAAGAGAAACUACCCUACAAACUCACUCACAAGAAGUCACCAGGCGUCAACCCUCAAAAGAAACAACACCAACUCCUCUAACUCAUCACACCUCUCUCGAAAUCAGAGCUUCGGCAGGGGUGACAACCCACCGCCAGCUCCGCAGCGGGUGGACUCCAUACAAGUCCACGCUGCACAGGCACAGGCCAUGACUGUAUCUCGACAGCCGAGUCUCACCACGUACAAUUCUCUGACCAGGUCAGGGUUGAAACGCACGCCCUCGCUAAAGCCAGAUGUACCUCCCAAACCUUCCUUUGCUCCACUCUCUACGUCCAUGAAGCCCAAUGACGCGUGUACAUAAUCACAGUGGGGUGGGUGGGGGGAGAACAGCAGUUAAGCAGAAGUUGCCCUUGAAAGCCAGUGUUCUGCAACUGCUCCUCUGAGAAGAAGGUUGUUGCAAGCUGAGGACGUGUUGUUUCUGCUCUCUGGGAAAAGUGGAAUAUUUUUUUAACCCGAGCCAUAUGACCUAUGGUUGAAGGUUUGCAAUUGCAGGACUCGCCCCCACAGCCCUUACAGUUCUUUGCUCAAAGGACUAGCUCUCCAUCACAAACAUUGAGCCAAAAGCACACAGGUGAAAGAUGACUGUGACAUUUCACCCUCCCCCCCACCCCCCAAACUGCACAGUGCAUUCCUGAACUGGGAAAGAGUGCUCUGGAAAACAAAACCAGUAAUUAAAAACAUAAUAAAAAUAGGAAAAAAAAAAGGAAAAGAAAAAAAAAGGAAAAAGAAAAAAAGAGAAAAAAAAAAGGAAAAGAAAGAAAAAGAAAGAAAAAAGAAUCCAUUGAUAAAGCUAACUCUGACUUAACAAUGGCAGAAGUUUACUAAAUGCAGGUACUGUGAAAUGCCCAUCAGUGUUACAGCCAUUUGGUUAAAGCAGUUAUAAUGCCAUGCUGGGCAAACUGUGUCAUAGAUUUCUGCUACCUUUCUCUUUUAAUGAAUAACGUGACUGUUAACGCAAGUAACUCCUCUUAUUUAUUGUUCAACUUUUGUUUUUCCUAAGGAAAUGACUUCCACAUAUCAUCCUGUGAGCAGUUCUUCAGAGAAGUACCUUGAAAGUUAUACCUAUUUAACGUGAAACCCGUUAACUGGAGUAAUUAAAACUUUUAUUUUUCCAAUAAAUUCACUGAGUUAAUUAAGUUGGAGCUGGAAUUCUGAACUUUGUGCCUGGACUGUCUGAUUAGCUGAAAAAAACGGGGAUAUCUAUUUAAGUCUCUCAGCUAAUUAGCUGGCUUGGCCUCUGACCUAAGACAGCGACAAACAAAUACCACAGGUUCAUAACUUGUAACUCAACUGCAAGAGAAACUCUUUAAAAGCUGCACAUUUGUGCACCAUUGCUAUCAGCAUAGCUUUGUCAGUAGCUAAUGCUUUCCGUGACGGCACCAGCUUGUGAUGUGCCAUCUCAUUUCACCUUGCAUGUGAGACGGCAAACAAAAUCCUCAAACAGUGUGAACUAAUUAAUAUGCCGGCUGUUACCAUGCAUAAAUUAUGGUCUUAUCACACGGGUUUUUCGUGGGAAUAUAUCUGUGAAUAGCCUGUUUUCUUCCACAUGUAAAUUUGUGCCUUACACCCUCAGUUGUGUAUAAUUGUGAGCUGUAGUAUGUAAAAAAAACCUUUUUCUUUUUCCCCUUGGAGUAAUGCAAAUAUUUAUUGGUCCUCCCUCCUUCGCGCCUACUCGAGAACUGGAGCAAAGAAGAAUGUGGUGGCUUUCAGCAUCACCCCACAGCCUUUGCUAGACCAAGGCCAGUGCCAUCCCCUCUGGGUCGGUUCCGCUUUCCAGCCGUGCCAAGCCCUCUCCCCAGAGCACUCUCCCUCCGCGCUGCCUUGCAGCUCCGUACCUCCCCCCACCCAGCGACCGCUCUCCUGGCAGCAGAGGAGAUGCCAACACCUUGUCCUUGGGGACGGCAUGUCCUCCAUCUGCAGAUGGCCAUCAGGGCAAGAGGGGCCGUGCCCUGCAGCCAGCCUGGCAGCACACCCUGCAGCACGUUGGGCACGCGGAGCUAGGCCAGGUAGGCAGGCUCCUGCUGCAGCAACCUGCUGCUUCUGGAGGAUGCUGCAUGUACUCCCCUGGGGAAAAAAAGAAGCAAAACAAAACACAUUUUUGUUUCUGUUUUUGUUUUUUUUUUCCCUUUGUUUCCUUGGUGCGACUGUGCAUGUAGCUAGCGUGGGAGCGUGCGCACAGGUGUGUGCGUGUGUGUGCGCGCGCAGGCGUGUAAGUCCCUUUUUCACUCUUAUCAGUUUAUGCAAAAACAAAAAACAAAAGAAAACAAAAAAAAACAACAAAACAAAAAAAAACAAAACAAAAAAAAAAACAAAACAAAAUACCACCCCGUAGAUGUGUUUUUAAUUUGUUACGAUAACUGUGUCAACAUACUGUAGACAAAUGAUGGGGAUCGCUUCUAAGCUUUUUAUAUAUAUAUAUAUAUAUAUAUCUACUGAACAGUAUGUUUGAGUAAGGUGGUUGUUUCUGUUCCAGUUUGUUUUUUAAAAUUUUAUACUCCCAUUUGCUUUCCAGGAUUUUGGUUUUGUUUCUGAAUGACUGAAAAGCCAGAUUUCAAGUCCAUUAGCUUAAUAGAUGGUAUAUAUAAAGUCUGGAUGGUUUAGACCAAAGUGUGUAACAAGGGUGCUUGCAUGUGAUUUCAUUUCAUCAUGGUUUCUUUUACAACACGGUUUUGUUCACCCUUAGUGAACUAUGCAGACUGGAGUAGAUAGAUCUGUAUCCAAAGCAAUGUUGUUGAUUUAAUAAAAGCAAACAGAAAAGAAGAACUUUGAAAACCACAGGUAGCAAGGUCAUUUUUGGAAAGAACUGACUUGCAGCCUUUUCACCAGGCUCCAAAACCCCCUGAGUACCAAAUGCACGGGUCCAUCGCUAUGACUUGGCAGAGUGUUCUGUCAAAACACAGAAAUGAAUAAUCACAGCAACAGCUCAUAUGGUGAUCUGCCUUUGUAACAUGCAUUGCAUCCGCUGCUGGUUUGACCUUGAAAUGCCCAUUUUGUACUCAGUGGAUCUUCUGUUCUCAUUCUCCCUUCCACCCUUUCUUUCGAGGGGUUCAUAAACCUAUAUGUGUGCCUUUGCUUUCCACCCUUGCUAUACACUGUUAGAUGCAACAGAUUCAGACUCUCAUUUGCUGUAAAGUUGUAGAGUGUUGUGAUGUCACCAGUUUCCCCUUCAUUUCCACAUCCCCAUAACAUCAGAUUCACACCUUAAUGUACGUUGUAAAAAGGAAAAAGGAAAAAAAAAAAAAAAAAAGAAAGAAAGAAAAAAGAAAAUUAAAAGAAAAGAAAAAAAAAAGAGAGAGAGAGAGAGAAAGGAAGGAAAGAAGACAAAGAAAAGGGGAAACAAAAGCUCUUGAUUACAUAUGGUAAUAAAACCGGACUGUUCUACCUUACUUCUUGUGCCCUAGUUCCUUUGUUUCUGUGAGGAUCCAUCAUUUCUGUUAAAUGGUUAAAGAGAGAAAACUUGUUUUCAGUCUCAAACAGAAAAUAACUUGAUUUAGAGUAAGAGGUGGUAAUUAAAAAUUGAAUCACACGUUUUCUUUCCCUCUAUUGAUAUCCCACAAUCUAUUAGCUUGUUCAUCAUCAAAUAUUUAUGGCAGACUUGGUGGUUUAACAGGUCAAGGAGGGGAUUUAAGCACACGUGGCUCACCAAAAUAGAUCAUCCUAUAGAUGUGACUUCAUCUCCAGGUUUUGCACAUUAAUAAUGGGAGAGCCUGUGUUUUCUUCUAGCGGGCAUAGAUCUAUUGUGCUUUAUGGGCCUAAUUUAGAGGAUGUUGCCUGAGACUUUAUGUCUGCAAGAUGUUAGUAAGCAGUGUGCAUACUAUCUCUCCAGUCCUGGGAGCAAUUAAAACGUACCUAUAUUCUCUGAGCUGAUUUUGUGCACGUGUGGACUGCUUACACACAGCAGCUGAACACUCAGCUAUGUCAGUGGCUGGCCUUGGUGAUUUUGGUUUGGGACAGAAGCUUUCUGGGAUCACCUAGAAACAAGGGAUUGGACUGAAAGAUUUACCACCUAUUCUACGAGGUCACACACAGGCCAGGGCAGUCCUUGCUCAUAAAUGCCUUCACCCAUCACACACUGCAGAUGGUGUGACACAGGCUCAGCAGAAAGUGGUGAAGUACGAACACUCCUCAUGGAGCAGGAAGAGCUCCCACAAAGCCUUGGCACAUUCUCUCAGCAGUGACAAUGAGGAGGCCCUUGACAGUUCCAUCUCACCAAUAUUUUUCAGUACUUCACCCACAGACAUCUCUAAUUCCAGCUCAGGUGUAGCUUUCCUUCUAGCAGAGGUUUCCAGUCAUACUGGCAUGCAGAGGCACGUGGAGAUGAUGUUCCCCAAGACAUAGCCCUUAAUCUGGAGACCAAGGGCACUACAUAUGGCUCACAGUGCUCCUCAGGCACACAAGAGGCUUGUAUGCUGCAGACAGGAAAGAGAAAGCUCUCCAGAUGCUCUUCAGCCCACAGCUGUCCCCUUUGAUACUACUUUGUCCAGCUAGUUUUGAAACAUAUCACCCAAGCAGCAUUUAGGGGAUUAUUCAGUGACAUUACCACAGUACUACUAUUAUUAAAGUUUCUCUAUAAGCAGUUGUAGAUUGAUGCUUUAUUGCUCGCAGUUCCUUUUCAUGUUUUUCUAAGCUUAGUACUCCCUGGUAGUGCUGAAGGUGCUGGCCAGCUGUCUGCUUUGUUGCCAGAAGGCCUCAGUUGUUCCCAUAGAUUGUGCCAGGAUUAAUGGGAGUCACCAAGUUGGCCUCCAGCAGUGGCACUGGCUGUCUCUCUUGCAAGGCUCAUCCCUCUGCAUCUGGUAAAAGAGAGAAG